CGCGUCAAGCCGUGGUUUGAUGUCAAAGCCGCGCGUAUCAAACAACUUUGUCGCGAUUUGGUGUUAUCGUGAUUGUGUUUACUUUUAUAAACAUAUAUAGAUAUGUAUAUGUAUGUAUAAAUUAUGUAAAUACUCUUAAACUCUAGUUUAUCAGUUCUUUAAUUAAAAACAAUCAGAUAAUUAUUGACGUACUCUAGAAUAUAAAUAAUUGCAAUUAAUUUUUAUAUUUAAAUAGCACUAAUAUUUUUUUUUUAAUUAAUAAUAUUUAUGUGCAAUGAUCAUUGUCAGUGUUAAAUAUUGCAAAUUAAUUAGUGUUAAAUUUUUAAAUUAUUGUUAAAAAAACAAAAAAAUUUCUAUUAUUUUUUUUUUUUGUUUGUUGUGAUCAAUAAUUAUUCAGUAUUUAAGAUUACGGAUUAUUAAUAUGAAGACUGAGGGAGAGGAGGUGGUGGGCGAGGGAGAAUGCGAAGCAACAAGAACGACGGGUACGGCGACGGGAGUAACGACGACGGGAAUGAUUUCGGACUUGUCACCUGGACCGGGAGUAAUGGAGUGCGGUGGCUGCGGUGAACGAGUCCGCGAGAGAACUGUCCUGUGCGUCGGCGGGAGAACAUGGCACUCGAGGUGUUUAAGGUGUUGUGCAUGCGCCAGGCCACUUCAUGAUCAACACUCUUGCUUCCUUAGGGGGAUGAGACUUUACUGCAGGCACGACUACGCUUUAGCAUUUGGUGCAAAGUGUGCAAAGUGCGGGCGGAGUGUAAGCGCCGGUGACUGGGUGAGAAGAGCAAGAGAAAGAGUUUACCACUUGGCUUGUUUUGCGUGCGACGCUUGUUCACGACAACUCUCUACUGGCGAACAAUUCGCCUUGUUGGAUGCACGAUUGCUAUGCAAGGCUCACUAUCUCGAUGUCGUCGAGGGCAACAACACCUCGUCUGAUGAAGGUGGUGAUUCCGAAAGUGGGCAUAAAGGUGGCAAUAAAGCUAAACGAGUAAGAACGACGUUUACCGAAGAACAAUUAUCUGUUCUCCAAGCAAAUUUUCAGUUAGACAGUAACCCCGAUGGCCAAGAUCUCGAAAGAAUAGCACACGUAACCGGGCUCAGUAAAAGGGUCACUCAAGUUUGGUUUCAAAAUUCGCGGGCGCGACAAAAAAAACAUUUACACACGGGGAAAAUGAAAGGACAACAUUCUCAUCAGUCGCCGCCAAAUUCUUCAGCUACAACUGGUGAUUUUGGUAGACAUAUCAAUCUACAUUUGACUUACUCAUUCCAACAUCAGCAACAACAUCAACACAGUCAAGGGCAUCCCAACCAAUUGAGUCCUGCAGCAUGCAAAAGUCCAACGCCUUCAAUGUAUCAUAAUCAUGUCAUUGACGAUUACAGUAUUUUCAGGCUCGGAACAGUCGAUGGAUGAACUUUCACAAGACUCUAUGAUGCUUACAAUGUCCAAUGAAGUAUAAAAAAUAAAUCACUUCCAUAUCAAUUAUUUAUUAAAAAAAAAAAAGAAGGAAAAAUUUUUUUUUCUUUUUAUAAAAUAUUAUCACUUUUGUAAAUAUAUUAAUUGAUUAUUAUUUACGAAAUAUUAAAUUAUAUAUUUUUUAUUUUAAAAUUACCGUGAAAAUUAAAAAAAAAAGUUACUGCUUAUUUUUAUUUUUACACUCAAUCUCAAAUUUUUAAAAAACAUU